CCGGGUGCCCUCUCUUUACCCCCCCUCUCCUCAGAGGGAGUGCGCAGUGUCAGACUGUCAGACCUGGCCAGCAGCAGCAGCAGCGACGCAUCAUCACGCGCCUUUACGCACAGUGCUGGGUGGACGGACGGAGGGAGGCAGAGACCCGGCCGAGGAUGAUGCUCACACCGGCUCAGGAGGGCUUUCUCUCGGGGUUUCUUCCUCCAGUGUUGGGGGUCGUGUCGCCGGUGCUGGUGUACAAUGCACUGGAGCAGAGCGGGUGUGCUGGUCGGCCUAGCUGAGCUCGGCUGCUGCUCCUCGCCUCUCCCAGUCCUCCUCUCCUCCUUCCUCUGAUUGAAGCGUUUUUAUUUCCAGGUCAGAAUCUCAGUUUCCUGUGCGGCUUGUUUGGACUAAAGAUGGCCGGAGAUGGCGGCGCUCUGAAGGAUAUCAAUGAGAUUAAAUCCCAGUUCCGGACCAGAGAGGGUUUCUACAAGCUGCUCACCCUCUCGGACUCGCAGCAGCGGGGCGGCCUGCCGCGGGGUCCGUCCUCCGGAGCCACGCUGGGCCCAGGAGCUGGACCCGGUCCGGUACCCGGCGGAGGGGUCGGGCUGCUGCAGGGGCCCGGGGCUGCUGCUGCUGCCGCCGCCUCCUCCUCCUCCAAUGCCGCAGCCAGCUCCUCUCCUGCGGGCUUCCUGCCCCCGGUCCGGGUCUCCAUGGUCAAGCUGCAGCCCGAAGACCCGAGCGAGGAGUCCGAGCGCGUGUGCUUCAACAUCGGCAGGGAGCUCUAUUUCUACACGUACACCAACAUCAAGAAGGCUGUAGACCUCAGCAAGCCCAUAGACAAGAGGAUCUACAAGGGGACUCAGCCCACGUGUCACGACUUCAACCAGUACUCGGCCACAGCAGAGAGCGUUGCUCUCAUCGUGGGGUUUUCAGCCGGGCAGGUCCAGUACCUCGACCCCAUCAAGAAGGAGACCAGUAAACUCUUCAAUGAGGAGAGGUUGAUAGACAAAUCCAAGGUGACGUGUCUCAAAUGGCUUCCCAAGUCGGAGAACCUGUUUCUGGCCUCCCACGCCAGCGGACACCUCUACCUCUACAACGUGGACCACCCGUGUGGGACCACGGCCCCGCAGUACUCUCUGCUGCGGCAAGGCGAAGGCUUCGCCGUCUACGCCUGUAAAACCAAGACGCCACGCAACCCUUUGUUACGAUGGGCUGUGGGCGAGGGCGGCUUGAACGAGUUUGCCUUCUCGCCUGAUGGCGUCCACGUGGCGUGCGUGGGCCAGGACGGCUGCCUGCGUGUCUUCCACUUUGAUUCCAUGGAGCUGCAGGGCGUGAUGAAGAGCUACUUCGGCGGCCUUCUCUGCGUGUCGUGGAGUCCUGAUGGGAAAUAUCUGGCCACAGGCGGAGAGGACGACCUGGUUACCGUGUGGUCAUUCGCAGAGAGCCGAGUGGUCGCUCGAGGUCACGGACACAAGUCCUGGGUCAACGUAGUGGCCUUUGACCCCUUUACGACUUCCCUGGAGGACGAGGAGCCGAUGGAGCUUAGUGGCAGUGAGGAAGACCUCCAUCAGGGGGCGCCGAAUAACUCCAUGCACUUCGGCCGGGUCAGAACGAGCAGCACGCUGUCGCGUCUUUCUCGGCACAGCUCUAAAGGAGGCGGGUCGGCGUCGGUGACGUACCGGUUCGGCUCGGUGGGGCAGGACACACAGUUCUGUCUGUGGGAUUUGACUGAUGACAUUUUGUACCCCCGCCUUCCACUGACCCGCGCCUUUACUAACACUUUCGGGCCUUCACUGUCCAACUCUGGCAGCGUGACAGUCAACAGCACCUCAGGUGGGGGAGGAACCGGAGGCGUGGAGGGGCACCACCACCCUCCGAACACUAACACCGGCACCGCCAACCCACCAACGCUCCCCUUACCUCUCCCCCGCUCUCUCUCUCGCUCCAACUCUCUGCCCCACCCUGCCGUGGCCAACGCCUCCAAGAGCCAGGGCACAACGGAGGGCAGCGUGGGCGGAGGAGGAGGGGGAGGGGCCACCACCGGAGGAAACAGCACUCCGUUUAGCAUCGGCCGCUUCGCCACGCUGUCGCUGCAGGAGCGCAAGUCUGACAAGUCCGGCUGUGGCAGCGGGGUGGAGAAGGAGCACAAGAGGUACCACAGCCUGGGCAACAUCAGCAAAAGCAACGAUAAGAUCAACGUGGCGCCGAGAAGCAACCGGCUGGAUGCUGCCAAGGUCCUGGGCACCACGCUGUGCCCGCGCAUGCACGAGGUGCCGCUGCUGGAGCCGCUGGUGUGCAAGAAGAUUGCACACGAGCGGCUGACUGUCCUGGUGUUCAUGGACGACUGCAUCAUCACAGCCUGCCAAGAGGGUCUCAUCUGCACCUGGGCACGGCCUGGGAAGGCGAACCUGACAGCACAGAACGGGAACUCUCCGAGCGGCACGGUGGUAUAGCUGGAGGAGAAGCUUUGCACUCAUCCCUUCCUCCGUCUCCUCCGUCGUCCUUCAUCUUCUUACAGUCCAACUGUCUCUCCUGAGAUCCUCCAACGUGUCAAACUAGGGGCCAAAAACCAGACCGUACUCUACCUACCACUGCAGUAUUAUUCCCUCCUCUCCCUUCAGUAUAACCUUCUGUAUCUGCCACGACCCCAACCCUGAUCCCGACUCACUUUACUCUCAUGGUGGCACGUUUGGUGGGAAACACCUCCUGUGAAUCACUCAGACAUGUGGUCUGAAAGCAUUAAGGUUGUCUGGAAGCCUUUGCAACUAAAAUACUUCAAUACAAAAAACUAAAGCUAGCAUAGAAGCCAAGGGGUCUUAUGUGCAGUGUGCAAGAUCAAUACUUAAUUGCGUUGCAUGCUAAAUUUGACAGGGUCGUUAUGUCACAUCAAAUUUGUGCUUACUGCGAAUGAUUCCGGUGCAUUUGACAGCUUCCUCCUCUUCUUGCAUUCGAUGGCAGAUUGCAGCCGGUUAGAGUAUGUGGGCAUGUGUCCACUGACUCCUCUUUGAGUGCUUCUCUCUGAUCUUUGUGCUUGAUAUUUGCUCAUAUUCAAGGACAUCCUGCAGAAUGAAAAGGAAUUGUGUCUUGACAUUCGCACCAGCUCAAGUCCUGGGCCCGUAUGCACGUCCAGCCAUCACACAAACGGGACCAUUAGUCUUAACGUACCAUUAUGGAACGGCCUAUUAAGCCGUAGCGUUAGCCAAAUGCACGACUGCAAAUAAUUGGCCGAUUAACUAAUUGUGCCAUGAAAGCGAGGCUCGUGCAAAACGUCAUGUUUCCAGGGAACCUCCUGGAAAA